UUUGACGAUGUCAAAUUUGCAAUUUUCUCGACGCAGUCGUACGGUCGCGUGCUCGUGUUACUCGUGCGAGCGUUGUCAGUGUGUGUCGAGAGCUCUGCGCGCGGAUCCAGGCGGGACUGUGCCGCCGCCGCGAUGCCGAUCUGCGCGCCGUCGUCGGACUCCUCGGCCUCGUCGGCCUCCGGCGGCCGCGGGUGGAUAGUCCACGGGCUGGCGCUCGGCGCGGCGGCGGCGGCGGCCGCGGCCGCGGCGUACCUGUACCGCCGGCCGAGCGGGUUCCGCAGCCGCGCGGUGGGCAUCAUACCCGCGCGCUUCGCCUCCUCGCGCUUCGAGGGCAAGCCGCUCGCGCACAUCCUCGGCAAGCCCAUGAUCCAGAGAACAUGGGAAAGAGUUAUGUUAGCUUCUUCCUUGGACCAUGUUGUUGUGGCAACAGAUGAUGAGAGAAUUGCAGAUUGUUGUCGAGGAUUUGGAGCUGAUGUUAUAAUGACAUCAGAAUCAUGCAGAAAUGGAUCUGAGCGCUGCUGUGAGGCACUUCAAAAGCUUGGGAAACGUUAUGAUAUUGUUGUCAAUAUUCAAGGAGAUGAACCUCUUAUUGAACCAGAGAUAAUAGAUGGUGUCGUUAUGGCAUUGCAGCAAGCUCCUGAUGCAGUGUUCAGCACAGCUGUUACUUCACUGAAGCCUGAAGAUGCAUCUGACACGAAUCGAGUGAAGUGUGUUGUGGAUAAUCAGGGCUACGCAAUCUACUUUUCAAGAGGGCUGAUACCAUCGAACAAGUCAGGGAAAGUCAAUCCUAAAUAUCCGUAUCUUCUCCAUCUUGGAAUCUCGGGCUUUGAUUCGAAGUUCUUGAUGAUCUAUCCAGAACUUCCACUGACACCUUUACAACUUGAAGAGGACCUAGAGCAACUCAAAGUUCUUGAAAAUGGCUAUAGGAUGAAGGUGAUCAAAGUGGACCACGAUGCUCAUGGUGUAGAUGCACCUGAGGAUGUUGAGAAAAUCGAAGAACUGAUGCGAGCGAGAAACAUUCAGUAGAAAAUUAAGAGUAUGUGCUUUGCAUUGCCAUCGCCCUUCGGAGUAGGUUCACUGUGAGACUUUGGCUGUGCUACAUUUUCUGCAGAGCUGUUCAGUUAGCUGUUUUUUCCUGCCCCUUUUCCGAGACCCAAAUGUCCCUGUAUUUAAUAUUUGAUGAUUUGUUUCGUGGCAGUGUGGCAAUAUCCAACAUCCGGCCCUGUUUGGGAGCAUUGUAUAAUUUUGCACCUGUAAUUGCAUCCCAUCUGCAUUUUCCUAUGCACAAGAAUACUUCAGAAAUGUAUCUGAUUUUUAUACCCCCUGCAAAA